UCUGUCUGUGCAGUGUUGAAAUCUCUUGAUGAAAGCCUCCUCUGUUCCAGUCUGAAGUGAUUUGUUUUGGUUACGAAAGUCUAUUUAAAUGGUGCAGAGGCCCAUUUAAUAGUUUUUUGCCCAUUGUUUUUGCUCAGAUGCAUUUUUUGAGUGCAGGCCCAUAUCUCAGAUUCUUGUAUAGAGAUGUAAACUGACUCAGAUGUUUUUUUCAGGGACAUCACUGUGAAUGCCGGCUGAAGAAAUCCUCCAUUCAACUCUGAGGAACCAGGAGAGGAGCUGAAAACAGAAGGCGAAUGAAAUGAUUUUGACCUUUGGAUCAGUUUUGGAAAGUGUCGUAAUCUAGGUUAUCAGAUCUGAAAUUUUUUUUAAGUGCUCCGUUUUCCCAACCAAUUUAUUUAUUUAUUUUGACAUUUUUUGCUUUUAUUAAUUAUUAUUUUAUAAUCUCACAUCUGCAAUCAUGGGAGCAGCAGGUUACGGAUAUUAUCGCACUGUUAUAUUCAUCUCCAUGUUUGUGGGAUACAUGCUUUACUACUUCAACCGAAAGACUUUUUCCUUUCUGAUGCCAUCAGUGAUGGAGGAGAUUGAGCUGGAUAAAGAAGAGCUUGGGCUGAUCACCAGCAGUCAAACUCUGGCCUACGCUAUCAGUAAGUUCAUCAGCGGAGUGCUUUCAGACCAGAUCAGCGCUCGCUGGCUCUUCUCCAUCGGCCUCUUCAUUGUUGGUUCCAUAAACAUUGCCUUCUCCUGCUCCUCCACGGUCAUGCUGUUCACCGUGCUUUGGUUCGUGAAUGGAUUCGGUCAGGGCUUCGGCUGGCCACCCUGUGGAAAGGUGCUCCGCAAGUGGUUUGAACCGUCUCAGUUUGGGACGUGGUGGGCCAUCCUGUGCUGCAGUAUGAAUCUGGCAGGUAGUGUAGGCCCCAUCAUCACUACAGUGCUGGUCCAGUAUUAUGACUGGAGGGUCAUCAUGUCUGUGUCUGGGCUGAUCUGCAUGGCCGUCGCUGUUGUUUGCCUUCUGAUGGUCAAAAACGAACCCAGUGACGUCGGGCUGCCCAGCAUUCAGCCUGGUGCUAAAAAGGGCAAGGGGAAGAAGGGAGGCCCUAAUGAUGAAAGCAGUCUGAAGGAUUUCCUGCUGUCUCCAUAUCUGUGGGUUCUGUCUGCGGGAUAUCUGGUUGUGUUUGGGGUAAAGAUUGCCUGCACUGACUGGGGUCAGCUGUUCCUCAUGCAGGAGAAAGGCCAGUCUGCCAUGAUGGGCAGCUCGUACAUGAGUGCGCUGGAAGUUGGUGGGUUUUUUGGCAGCAUUGGAGCUGGUUAUCUGUCUGACAGGGCUGUUGCUAGGCAAGGGCUGGGUGUUUAUGGUAAUCCUCGUCAUGGGCUGCUCCUGAUGAUGAUGGCAGGCAUGGCUGUCUCCAUGUAUCUCUUCCGGGUUACCAUCACACCAGAAACUCCAGAGGAAGCACCGCUUUGGGUUCUGGCUCUGCAUCCAGUUUCUGUCCUCACUGGUGUCUCGGAGAAAGAGCUUUGGAUUUUGAUUCUUGGUGCUGCAUUUGGAUUUUCCUCAUACGGACCAAUCGCCUUGUUUGGGGUGAUUGCAAGUGAAAGCGCCCCAUCCAACUUCUGCGGGACGUCCCACGCCAUUGUAGCUCUGAUGGCAAAUGUUGGUGCAUUCAUUGCCGGCCUGCCAUUCAGUACCAUUGCCAAACGCUACAGCUGGGACACGGCAUUCUGGGUAGCAGAGGUCUCCUGCGCCAUAACCACAGUUUGUUUCUUCUUCGUCCGUAACAUGCGCACAAAAAUGGGCCAUGUGCCUAAAAAGAUGGACUAAUCCUCUUAUUAAAUCCAAUCAGAGAGCCCUGCCAAUGUGAGAGCACUCGGACAGGACAUUUACAUACCAGUGUUACAUUAAAAUAUAUAUUUUUAUCACGCAUUUUGAUUAAUUUCAUCAUGAUAUUAAUAAUAAGCAAUAUCAGACAUUAUUUUGUAGAUAACAAAGCUUUUAUUUCUGUAAGAACGGAAAUGUUUACACACUUUUUGAGCACAGAAAGCUGUUUACUUUCUUAGUAUUUAUUAACAUGAAUUGUUUCACAUGAAUGUUGUUUGAUUCGCCACUUACUGUAUGUGAUUGUCCAGGGUUUAAGUUACAUUUCUAAAGCUUUGGUGCUGAAAUGAGCUUUUUUUUAACUGGAUUGUUCUUGUGCACUUGAAACAUCUGUCAUUUUGUCACCAGAAUAAGUGAUUUUGUUUAGUUUCAGCACAUGUAAUCAGUUCAAACAAAUCACACGAAACCAGCAGUAUACUAUAGGAUGUAUAAAAGUGUAAAAAUGUCGUAUAAAAGUUGAUUAUAUGUGCACUUAUUGUU